AUGAUAUAUUCAAAUAUUAUUGAAGAGGAUCGAAUUAUAGCCUCAAUAGCUAAUGACCCCAUCUUUACAAAGGACGAUAUUGACACGAAUUCAUCGAAUUUGGAUGUCAACCAUAUUCUAGAGACAGAAUCGCAAUUAUGUUCACAAUUACAUGAUUUGAAAAAUUUAAAAGUUUUAUCGUCAUUGAUCAAAGAGUUUAAUACCAACCUUGAUCUACUAGAAUUGGAAAACUGUUACUAUUCUCUACAAAAUUUAAGAAAAAAACUUAAUGAAAAUAAUGAAGUUUUUAUUAAACAAAGUUUCCAUUUCCAAAAAUCGGUAGUUACGUACGUGGAUUCAUUACACGUAGAGUUUGUCAAUACUAUAUAUGAUAUAUUUGAUAAAGGAUUUUGGACUGUUACAGAUGACAGCAUUAGAUUUAGAUCAAAAAUUGAAUGGGGGAAUGAUCACUUCUUAUUACAACAUAAUACUUUACUAGACUUUCUAAAACAGUUGUUCUACCCAGGUGAUACCUUGGAUCCCCAUCUCUGGAUUAUUGAUGAUAUGGAAUUUGGUAAUGCUAGGGAUACCGUUCAAACUAAGAUUGUAGACAUGCUUAAAAAUUACAUUCUUUUGAAUUCUGUGAUAAAUUUAAUAAAAGAUAAGAUAUUUUCUAAGAAUACAUUAAUUAAGUACAAUGAAGAAGAGGACACCAUUAAGUUUAUCGUUUCGGAACCGAAGCCAACAGUUUCGAUGUUAUUGGACUGUUUCCAAGCUUUGGGUGAUUUCUCUUUAAAUACGGUUCCACAAAGUUCACUACCUGUAUUAUUAAAAAGCAUAGGAAAUGUGUUGGGAAAUGAACUAUCUAAAUGUGUAAAAAGUAACGCAGGCGAAAUUAUUGGUCAUAAUAAUAAGGAUUUAAAGGGGCGUGUUUCCAAUAUAAAUGACUUAUAUGAUACAUUAUCUUCUAAAUCAAAUGAGGCUUGGAGUUAUCAUUCACAAACAAUUAAAGAUUUAUUGCAGGAUAGGCAACUUUAUAUUAAUUUAUUAGUUGAUGAAAUUUACAACAGAGCAGUAAACGACAUAAGAGCAACAUUCGAUGAUAAAGACGAUAAAUGGAAAACUACUUCGAAAGUGCAAUUAUUGUCACAUAUUAAUAAUCAAACAAAGGAAGCAUCAUUAUCUUCCAGUUUACCAAUCGAAGAAAAUAAUGAGGAUAAUGAUUGGAAUUGGGAUGCAGAUGCUAAGUCUGAUCACGAAAACAUCGUUGAAGAAACGCCAAAGGUUGACACUGAAGAUAAUGAAGAUGAUAUUGCCGAUGCCUGGAAUGACGAGAUAGAUAUUGAUAUGGAUUUACAAAGUCCGAAGAAAUUUACAAAUAAGUCAACAAUAGAAUCUCCCAAAAAGCAAACUGAGAAGGAAGUACAUGAAGAUGAUGGUUGGGAUGAAGCGUGGGAUAUUGGUGAAGAGGACGAUGAUGAUGACCAAGUCGGCAGUGAAAAUGUCAUUGCUAAGAGGGAUCAUAAUAAUUCAAGCACAGAGGUGAAAAAUCAUGUUACAGAAUCCGAUAAUACUAAUAUUUCGUCAUCAGAUUUGAUCGAUGUGACACAACUUCCAACAAUAUAUUUGGAUAUUGCUAAACACUUUCGCUGUGAAUGCCAAAGUUUAGAAGAUGAUCUGACUGGUAACCCAUAUUUAAACUAUAAAACUAGUUUACUGCAAACUACCUUCUUCGCUAUGGCGGUAGCUCAUUGUACUGACGAAUGGUGGAAAUUUUAUAUUGAUAUGAGAGAGAUAUGGCAAAAAGAUAACACUAACUAUAGAAUUCAAGAGCUUGCUCAAAGAUAUCUUGAGAGUAACCGAUUAUUAAGACAAAAAAGAGUUUGGAAAUUAGUACAAGAUCAAUUAUUAGAAUUUCAUGAAAGAGAGAAUGUACCAUCAUGGAAAAUGACCUUAGAAGAUUUACUGCCAUUUGUUCAUAAAGAAAUAAUAACACCAUUAUCAAACAUUAGGGGUAAGGAAUCGGAAGUUGAAUUAUUACGCUUUUUAGAUUUCUUAUACAAUAGCUCUAUAACAAGUGUGAUACUUAAGUGGGAGGUAAUCUCUGAAAAGAAUUCAGAAAAUCUAGGAAGAUUAAUCUCUUUGAUUUCGGGUAAUAGUGAAAUUGAAUCAUUAAAUGGUUCACCACAGUAUAGAGAAUAUAGGGCCAAAUUUGAAAUGGUGGGUAGAUUUUUACCGCUUCAUCUAAAUGAAAUUAUGGAUAUGUUCUACAAUGGUGAUUUUUACUUAUUUAGUACUGAGGAGAUCAUUCAAUGGGUUAAACUACUCUUUGCUGAUACGCCUAUUAGAAAGGAUGCUAUUACUGACAUUUAUGAGAUUAGGCAAGCUGCUCUGGAUGAUAAGUGA